UGUUGUUUUUGAAAAUGCUAUUUCUAUUCAAUUUUCGAAGUGUGCUUUAGGAAUAGAAAUUUCAAUAUUAUAAAUAAAAGACUUGUUGAGAGGUGUACAAGUCGAACCACGUUAAAUUAUUGUCUCAAUUUCUUUAUUGCUUCCGUUUGUGUGGGAUUGUGGUGCUCGAAAUUCCAACAAGUGGUAUCAGAGCUAUUGGUAGAGCUCCUGGUGUUGUGGCAAAAUGCAAACUGAAGCCAUGAAGUAUUCAAUUGAGUUGUUCGAUGGCAAAAAUGACUUUGCUCUAUGGCAAAGCAUUGGGAAGGAUGUCCUUACUUGUCAAGGACUUGAUGCAGCUUUAGAAGAGACCAAGCUAGCUAAGCGCUUGCACCGGAGGUAAAAUACAAUGUCCUUUCAGAGACUACUCCAAUAGGCAUGCGGAGAAAGCUUGAAGAGAUAUAUGCUUCUAAAUCUUUAACCAAUCGAUUGUGUUUAAAGAUGGAGCUAUAUCAAUUGAAGAUGGUAGAAAGCACAGAUAUUCAUAGGCACUUAUCUGAUUUCAACAUGAUGGUGACACAAGUAGUGAAUGUCGGGGAUGUUCUAGAAGAAGAAGAAAAAGCUUUGCUUUUACUUGCAUCCUUGCCAAAGUCUUACAAGUCCCUAGUGCAAAGCAUGCUAGUGGGUAAGACUACCUUGGUGAUGAAAGAUGUCACAUCCAUGUUGUUGGAGAAUGAUAAGUUUCUUGGGGAGGAUGAUGGUGCCAAUCAAACUAAUGCUUUGGUGAUGGAGCACUCUUGGGGAAGAUCCAAUGGACGUGGAGGUGAAGGAAAUUGAGAAAGGUCGAAAUCCAGACCUAAGAAGGAUUGUAGUGAAGUGCAGUAUUUUUAUUGUGGUGAAUUGGGUCACAAACAGUAUAAAUGCCCAAAGUUUAAGGAGGACUUUUCUAAUAUGAAAAUAUUGAUGAAAAGUCAAGAAACCAAGGGCAAGGGGGAGGCUAAUAUUGUUGAAGAAAAUGUGGUUGAAGUAUUAGCUUGUGAAGAGUGUGAUCCUGAGGUGGAGCAAAAGAAUCAAAGAUGGAUUUUGGACUCCGUUGCAACCAUGCAUGUGUGCAAUAAUCCUUCGAAAUUUGGGAGUUUGGUUCGGGGGGAGCUUGGUAAAAUAAUGGUGGCUACCGGCGAGAAGGUAAAUAUUGAAGGCAUAGGAGAUGUUUGUCUCGAUGUUCACAAUGGGAGAGCCAAGAUUCUCAAGAAUGUAAGAUAUGUGCCCAAGUGUUCAAGCAACAUUAUUGCUUUGAGUGAGUUGACAACACGAGGGUGCAAGUACGUUGGAAAACAAGAAUGGUGCAAGGUCUACGAAGGUGGAAGAUUUGUCUUGCGUGGAAGGAAGAACAAGCACAACAUCUAUGUGCUUGAGCAACAUCCCGAGAGAGGGCUUAACAAGACCAUGAGCAAGAUGGUGUGGAAGCCUAAAGGGAUCUUGGUAGAUGGCAAGGAAAUUAAUAAGACCAAGAAGAAGGUGAGCUUCAACAAUGAAGUAGUGUUUGAUGAUGGUUCGAGGAGGUGUGAUUUUCCCUCAGAUCAUGUCUUGGUUCAAAAUUAAUUUCUUUAAUGCUCCUAGUGUAGGUUUGUCCUAUCCUAUACUAGGAGGAAGCUCUCAAAAAUAGGACACCAUGAUGAAGUGUUCUUGAGCAGGGGGAGCAAAAUUAUGGAAUGUUGAAGUGUAUGGAGUGAUGGUUGGUUUCUCCUCCCAUAGGGUUGGAGGGGGAGAUUGUUGGAAGAAAGUCCAACCCCAUGUGUGAACCCAUGGACUUUUUGUGUGGAAGUUUGCUUCACCAACCUAGCUAGUUGUGGGCUAGGAUUGCUUUGUUGAAAUCAUGCAAGAUUGCAUGUUGAGCCAUUUAAUGAACAAAGAAAAUCAUGGACAGGUAGUAAUGAGGCAAAGAAAAAUGGUGCAUGGGUGGUUGGAUUUUUCACUAUAAAUACCCAUGCAUGCAAAGGCAAUGGAAAAGCAAGAGUAGGAGAAAGCAAGAGAAAUUGAGUGAGAGCUCUUGUGAGAGAAAAGAAAGAGAGAAAUUGUGAGAAAUCCUUGUGUAGAUUAAGAGAGAAUAUUAGGGAGAAUUUAGGAGCUUCUAUAGAUUGAAGCUAGGGGUUAAGAGCUUCUUAAGUGAGAGAACUUCCAAAUUAUUGUACUCUUUUUCUUAAUAGUGGAUUUAUUUCUCUCUUUCCCGUGGACGUAGACUUGUUGAGAGGUGUACAAGUCGAAUCACGUUAAAUUAUUGUCUCAAUUUCUUUAUCGCUUCCGUUUGUGUGGGAUUGUGGUGCUCGAAAUUCCCAACAAAUAUGAAUGAAAAGGGACUAAUUAA